UGCAAUGAAUUUAUUACACUGAUAGAUAACAAAAGACACCAAAAUGUUCCUCAUCAGCUUAUACAUGUGUGCAUGUCAUAGUAACUUUACACAGCCUGAUUCAGCUGGCCCUGCAAAGCGGUGUGUCCGAGGUGCAGUCCUGCAUGUUGGAGGAAGUGUGGGGCUACUAUGAGGAAGCUCUGUCCAUCAUAGCAACCACACCAGAUGACUUUACAGAACUGGAGAUCCGAGCGUGGAAUGCAGGAAUCCUGCUCUACAGUCUGGCCCAGUAUCCCGAGGCUGAGAGGUGGUUCGGGCUGGGAAUGAGCUUCCUGAAGCACCUGGGCUCCCUGCAGGACAGCUAUCAGACUCAGAUGGCGGGUCUGUACAGUGAGGUGCUGGACAGGCCGGGUAAAGCAAAGAAGAAUCUCAUUACUGAAGAGCGAAUGAUGGCGUCUUCAGUCGCAGAUGGAAAUCUCAGGUCUAAUGGCACGUGUUUAAUAUGAAGUGUGAAUUUCCUUCAUGUUUGUGAGAAGCUAAGAGCUAAGAGAUGUACAAUGCAUCUGAGGGAUUGUUCGAAGAGUUAUGAAAGGUUAAAAAAUUGAAUGUCUUGUAUUCAUUUAAUUUGAAAUAUUUUUUGGCAGUAU